AUGUUCUCGGGUAAUCUUCUUGGUCUCAUAGCAGAGGUAGAGACAAAUGCCACUCUGUUGGAGACACUCUGUCUGUUCCAGGAUACAGAUGUCAUUGUGUGGGAUGUCAUCAAUGAGAGCGGUCUGUACCGGCUGAGAGGACACAAGGAUGCUGUCACUCAAGUCCUUUUCUUGAAGGAGAAGAACCUGCUGGUCACUAGCGGCAAAGACACGUUGGUGAAAUGGUGGGAUCUGGAUACCCAGCACUGCUUCAAAACUCUGGUUGGACACCGUACUGAGGUUUGGGGGAUGGCUUUGAUAUCUGAAGAGAAGCGUCUGAUCACUGGGAGUGCUGACAGUGAGCUGAGGGUGUGGGAUAUCACGUACAUCCAGGAGGUAAAAGACCCUGAUGAGCCAGAAUCCAAGAAAAGCAAAGGAUCUUCACCUGAAGCAGAAGAAAACACUGAAGAGGAGGAAACCCUAGAGUUGGAUGAGUGUCCUGAGGAACGCCUCAUAACGUGCAGCAAGGUUGGCUCCAUCAUGCGGGAAGGGAGAGACCGAGUAGUUACUCUUGCCACAGACCGAACGGGCAAGAUUUUGGCCUGCCAUGGAACAGGUGCUGUUCUGGAAGUAUUUUCUGUCCUUUCUGAAGAGGAAAUCCAAAAGAAAUUGGAAAAGAAAAUGAAGAAAGCAAAGAAAAAAGCCAGACAGAACUCUGAAGAGGAGCCUGAAAAGAGUGUGGAGCUGAGCCUGCAGGAGGAGAUUCAGCGAGUCACUAACAUCAGAGCUUCUUCCAAAAUUAAGUCAUUUGACUUGAAUCUCUCUCCAAAAGGAGAGCUGAAGAUAGUACUGCUGCUCCAGAACAACAUCAUUGAGUCAUACAGCCUGAACUUGACAGCACAAGCCCCACAGGCUAUCCGUGCAUCCAGGAUAACCAUUGGAGGCCACCGCAGUGAUGUCAGGACGUUGGCUUUUAGUUCUGAUAACAUUGCCAUUCUCUCAGCAGCUGCAGAGUCUGUAAAGAUUUGGAACAGAUCGACCUUGCAGUGUAUCCGGACAAUGGACUGUGAAUAUGCACUCUGCUCGCUCUUUGUCCCAGGAGAUCGGCAGGUCAUCGUUGGCAGCAAGACAGGGAAGCUGCAGCUGUAUGACCUGGCUUCUGGGAGUCUGAUGGAGGCACUUGAUGCUCAUGAUGGGGCGGUGUGGUCCAUUGCUCUUUCACCAGACCAGCGUGGCUUUGUGACAGGAGGUGCUGAUAAAUGUGUCAAGUUCUGGGAGUUUGAGCUUGUGAAGGAUGAGAGCAGUGCUCAGAAAAGGCUUUCCAUGAAACAUGUGCGCGUUUUGCAGCUCGAUGAAGAUGUUCUCUGUGUGCGGUACAGCCCCAACCAGAAACUGUUGGCUGUCUCCUUACUGGAUUGCACUGUGAAGAUUUUCUACAUUGACACACUCAAGUUUUUCCUCUCUCUAUAUGGACACAAGCUGCCAGUGCUGUGUAUGGACAUCUCCUAUGAUGGAACUCUAAUUGCAACCGGCUCUGCUGACAGGAAUGUGAAGAUCUGGGGCUUAGAUUUUGGGGACUGUCACCGCUCUCUCUUUGCCCAUGAUGACAGCGUGAUGUAUCUGCAGUUUGUGGCGAAAUCCCAUCUCUUCUUCACAGCUGGGAAGGACAGCAAGAUUAAGCAGUGGGAUGCGGAUAAAUUUGAACACAUCCAGACACUGGAGGGGCAUCACCAGGAGGUGUGGUGUUUGGCGCUCAGUCCCAAUGGAGACUAUGUGGUGUCGGCAUCCCAUGACAAGUCACUGCGCCUCUGGGAAAGGACAAGGGAGCCACUCGUUUUGGAAGAGGAGAGAGAGAUGCAACGAGAAGCUGAGUACGAAGAAAGCGUGGCGAAGGAAGAGCAGCCUGUGGUGGCUGGAGAGACGCAAGGAGAGACAGGGCUGGCGGGAAAGAAGACUAUUGAAACCAUCAAAGCG